AUGACAAAUGAUAUGCGUGAGGUGAACCACACAGAAAAUGAUAAGUUUAAAAAACUGAUCAGCCCUGGAGCAAUGCACCCUGCUCUGAGUGAUAAACUUCAGUUUCCUUCCUUUCUGCGAACAUUAACAAGUAACAAAUUCCAGAAUUAUGCACUAGCUCAAUUAAUUAGACGUUUUGGCUGGACAUGGGUUGGACUUUUAACUGAAGAUAGUGAUUUGGGUGAAAUAGGCUGUCAAUACCUAAAAGAUGAGAUUCAGAAGUCUGGAGGUUGCAUUGCUUUCUUAGAAAAACUGAAUGUGCUCUACUCAAAAGAUACUUUUAUUCAAGUCACUAAAGUGAUUCAAAGAUCAUCUGCGAAUGUGGUCAUUGUUAACAGCGAUGAAGUUCAUAUAAAGCCAUUACUGGAUGCGCUCUAUUUAGAGAAAGUAAUAGGAAAAGUCUUGGUUCUGACUGUAAUAUGUAUUAUUACACCAGGAUUUUAUACAAAGGAGACAUGGAAACUGUUAAAUGGAACCAUUGGAUUAGUUCCAUACUCAGCUGAUAUCCCAGGAUUUAAGGAUUUCCUGUUCAGUUUACAUCCACUGACAUCUAAAAAUGAUAUAUUUAUUAAAUCUUUCUGGGAGAUAGCUUUUGACUGUAUGUGGUUAGUUAAUGGCAGCAAACAAGAACGGGACUCUGAGAAUACCAAAGGAAAAUUAUGCACUGGCCUAGAGAAUCUAGAAGAGCAAGGUAUGCUAAUAUUUGAACUGAAUGAUAUGAGCUACACUUACCAAGUCUACCUUGCAGUAUAUGCCUUUGCACAUGCCUUAAAUGAUUUAGUGUUAUGUAAAUUAGGCUCUGGACUCUUUCUUAAUAAUUCCUGUACAAACAUCAAAGACAUUCAACCAUGGCAGGUACUGCAUUACUUGAAAAAUAUUCAUUUUACUAUGCAUACUGGGGAAGAAGUAUAUUUUGAUUUAAAAGGAGAUACUGUGGCAAUGUAUGAUAUAAUCAAUGUACAAAUAACAGCAGAUGAAAACUUCAAGUUUGUGAAAGUUGGUCGUGUUUACCCCAGAGGUGCCAAAGGUGAAGAAAUCAGAAUCAAUAUAACCUCCAUUCUCUGGAAUGAAAAAUAUAAUCAGGUCCCUAAGUCUGUCUGCAGUGACCCUUGCCUUGUCGGAUACAGAAUGAUAAUGAGGAAGGGUCAGCCUACUUGUUGCUUUGACUGCAUUCCAUGUUCAUCUGGUGAAAUUGCAAAUGAAACAGACACAGUUGAAUGCAUGAAGUGCCAAGAAGACCAGUGGCCGAAUGACAGACAUGACAAAUGUAUCCCAAAAAUUUUUGAGUUCCUUACCUAUGAAGAACCAUUGGGGACAUCACUUGCAGCCAUUUCCAUAUUACUGAGCAUCAUCACUGCAUUCAUCUUAUACAUCUUUAUAAACUUUCGGCAUACUCCGAUUGUCAAAGCCAACAAUCGUGAGCUCAGCUACCUUCUUCUUUUGGCACUGAUGUUCUGUUUCCUUUCUGCACUGAUAUUUAUUGGACAGCCAGUGAAAGUGACAUGUAUGCUAAGGCAAACAGUCUUUGGUGUUGUAUUUUCAGUUAGUGUUUCUUGUGUUCUGGCUAAGACCAUUACUGUUGUAAUUGCCUUCAAAGCAACAAACCCCCACAGUAAUUUAAGGCAGUGGGUUGGUCACAAGGUUCCGCAUUCAGUAGUGUUUGUUUGCUCACUAAUACAAAUCAUCAUAUGCACUGCUUGGCUAGUGUAUUCAUCUCCAUCCCCGCAAUUUAAUGUACAGUCUAACAGUAGAAUCAGAAUAUUGGAAUGUGAUGAGGGUCAAAGAGCAUUUUUCUACUGUAUGAUAGGCUAUAUGGGUAUUUUAGCCAUUGUUUCCUUUAUUGUUGCUUUCUUAGCAAGGAAAUUACCAGAUAGCUUCAAUGAGGCUAAACAUAUUACCUUCAGCAUGCUUGUUUUUGUUUCUGUGUGGCUGUCCUUCAUCCCUGCAUACCUCAGCACACAAGGGAAAUAUAUGGUUGCUGUAGAGAUAUUUGCAAUGCUGUCCUCAAGUGCUGGCCUGCUGUGCUGCAUAUUUUGUUACAAAUGCUACAUUAUUUUACUUCAGCCUCACAAAAAUAGUAAGCAAUAUUUGACAAGCAAAGGACCACAAAGCAGGUAAACAUAGCACCUCACCUCACUGAAUAACUACCCUACAAUCCCUCUCUUAAGGACACCAGUAAAGUAUGUCUGUUGAAUAAUUCCUGCCAGAAAGACUUUUUACUAUUGUACCUCUACUACAGGGUUAAAGAAAGUCCUGAGCUAGGACAGCCAGCAGCCUCUACCCCCCCCCCCUUUCUGUACAUUCACACACUCUCUUCCCCAUCCUCUAUAGAAACUCCUUUUGUCUAGCAACCUUUUUCCUUGUUGUACUCUAACUCCCUCUCAUAACAUCCUGCAAUAUUAGACCUGUCCACUAGGUGGCUCCCUUAUCCCAGCCAUAAUCUCUUUCGUAUCUCUUAUUCUCAGAUACUUUAAUUUCUCCUGUUGCCCUUUAACUGCUAUUCAGUCCUCUCACUUUAGCCUCUACUUCUACUGUCUACAUCCACCUUUUCUAGGCUCUGUUCUCACUAUCCUUUUCUCACAUCUGACUUUUCCAACUUACCUUCUGGUGUCAGUCCUGCUGAUUGUUUUUUAUAAAUGCAUCAGUAUCUGUCUCUAUCCGCUCUGUUCACCCUGCGGGCUCACUCCGCUCCCCUCCCUACCCCCAAUUCCCAGGGGUUCCCAGGGUUCCUACUCUUAUACUUACUAACCACACCUGUUCCUCUUCCCAUUACUCUCUGUACACUUUACCAUUGUUCAUCUUCUCUCAUAUCUACCUUCUCUUAUCACUCCCUUCAAUCUUACCACACCCUUCGCAAUUCCCCAUCCUCGCCCUUUAUACUUCCAAAUUCUACCUACACACAUCCAAUAGUAAAUUCUUCCAAUGUAUAAACCACCCACCCCAUUAUAUGUCCUACUUUUAUUCACACUUUUACUACUUCUUCUUCUUCUAACCUUUGCCUACUUACUCACCUCCUAUGAAUGCCCACUAUAUCUACACCCUCACUAUCCUAAGGAAACCAAUGCUCUAUCCCUACCACUCUCUUAUAUCCAUGCUAAUAUAACAUCUUCACCCAAUUACCUACUUGCAAAGUAUCAUAGACUACUACAUAUUAAAUAUAACACUCUAAAUCUCAAUAAAGAUCUACUUCUAUACAGCAAAUUCCCUAACCCAAGCUACAUAGGAUUACUACUCUCAUUAAAGGAUGGUGUCAUCCACCCUAACCCAGGCCCAACAACAACUCCUAUCACUCUCUAUAGCCACAAUCACCUAUUGAUUCCCUUAGUAAACCAUCUAACUCCCUCCAAGUAGCUCAUCUUAAUAUACGUAGCAUUAACAACAAAGUAUCUCAACUUCAAACUCUAGUAGAAGUCUAUUCCUUUGAUAUCCUCUGCUUAACAGAAACAUGGUUAAAACCUGUAACCAAAAACAAUGAAAUCCUUCCACCUGGAUAUAACAUACUGAGACUCAACCGAGUAGCCAAGAAGGGAGGUGGGGUAGCUAUUCUAUUUAAAUUUGGCUUACAGUUUACCACUUACGACUGUAAACUACCUCUUGAUUCCAAUGCAGAAAUUCUCAUCUCCAAACUUCAUCUUAACAAUGCCAAAUCCAUCUAUAUUAUCUGUAUGUAU